GAAGUGGCUUCGCGUGUUUUACGUGCAGCGUGAUGACGUCAGUCGGCUGCAUGUUUACAUCCAUCCAGCAGUGGUGUGUUGACUAGAUCCCGACAACAACAGGGCAGCAGCAGCAGGAAACCCGCUCCCUCACGCACGUCCUUCUUCUUCAGGAUGGGCGGAGCUGUAAGUGCUGGCGAGGACAACGAUGACCUGAUCGACAACCUGAAGGAGGCGUACUACAUCCGCUCAGACCUGGUGGAGCGAGCGUUCAGAGCCAUCGACCGGGCCGACUACUACCUUGACGAGUACCGGGACAACGCUUACAAGGACCUGGCCUGGCGCCAUGGAAACAUCCACCUGUCUGCUCCGUGCAUCUACUCUGAGGUGAUGGAGGCUCUGGAUCUCCACCCCGGCCUGUCCUUCCUUAACCUGGGAAGUGGGACUGGAUACCUCAGCACUAUGGUUGGACUCAUUCUGGGUAAUGUGGUCUUGUUGGUGUGUAAUCCAUCACUUCCUGUUUGGAUGACUGGACAUGUUGACACUAAAAGCUCUCCUGUUCCAGGACCUUCCGGGGUGAAUCAUGGGAUAGAGCUCCACGCGGACGUGAUGGAUUACGCCUAUCAGAAGUUAGACUCCUUCAUCAAAACCAGCGACAGUUUUGACAAAUUUGAGUUCUGUGAGCCGUCCUUUGUGGUGGGAAACUGUCUGGAGAUCCCUCCGGAGAGCCGUCACUACGAUCGGGUCUACUGUGGGGCCGGAGUGCAGAAGGAACACGAGGAUUACAUGAAGAACCUGCUGAAGGUGGGCGGGAUCCUGGUGAUGCCACUGGAGGAAAAGCUGACCAAGAUCAGCCGUACUGGAGCCAACAGCUGGGAGACCAAGAAGAUCAUCUCGGUGUCCUUCGCUCCUCUGGUGCUGCCCAAACACAACACCAACGGCAAACCCAAGACGGUCCCGCUGCCCAAGUACGAGGUCCGGUCGCUGCAGGAGCUGGCCCGUAUCUGCAUCCGCCACACCCUCAGGGUGACCCCUGACUACACCCCCGACGGAGGAGACGGACACCUGCGUGGCCGACGCUCCUCCUUCAGCGUGGGCCGAGGGCUGGCAGCGGCCGGCCUCCAUAAGUACGGCCCUCGCUUCAAACGCCGACGGGUCCACCGGCGCCACUGCAAUGCCCUGGUUCUGGCUACCCGACAAGUGGUGGCGAGCAGCGGGAUUGGUCCCGCCCCCUUGGACAGCAACAACAACCAGGAGGGCCGGGUGGAGGAUGAGGAGAUGGCCAGAGAGCGCCAACCGAGGCGGCCAGUGAGGGGGAGCAGAAGGUUGGUGAGAGGGGGGCUAAUGGAGGAGGAGGAGACUGUGGAGGAGGAGGAUGAAGAGGAGGAGCGGGAGGAAGAGGAGGAGGAGAAGGAAACAGGGGAGUUGCUGCGACCCCAGCCGGCCGUGAACCUGCUGAGAGAGCGGAUCCUGGGCCUUCCACUUCCAGAGCCGCUGAAGAUGUUCCUGCUGUUCUACAGGGAGAAAUGAGCCCAGCUGGAGCUGCAGCCUGGGGUCCAGAGCUGCAGCCCAGAGCACAGAUCUGCAGUUCAGAGCUGCAACCCUGAGCUCAGAUCUGCAGUUCAGAGCCCAAAGCUGCAGCCCAGAGCACAGAUCUGCAGUUCAGAGCCCAGGGCUGCAGCCCAGAUCUGCAGUUCAGAGCCCAGGGCUGCAGCUCAGAUCUGCAGUUCAGAGCCCAAAGCUGCAGCCCAGAGCACAGACCUGCAGCUCAGAGCCCAGGGGUGCAGCUCAGUGCUCAGGGCUACAGCCCAGAGGCUAGAUUUGCAACCCAGAGCCUAGAGCUGCAGCCCUGGGUUCUGGGCCGCAGCCGGGGUCCGAGAUCCUGGAGCUGCAGCUCAGAGCCCAGGGGUGUAGGCCAGAGUCUAGAGCUGCAACCUGGGGCCUGAGCCCAGAGCUGGAAGCCUCGGAUCCAUCACCUCUUUCCCCGUAGCUUGUCCUAGGCUCCUCUCUCACCUCAUUAUCAUCAUUUUUCUGUUCCGGCUGCGCUCCUGCUGCCUGACAGUUGGUCCUAUAUUGUUCUGGGAGUCUCUACUCUGGGACUGUCUGGAUUGGCUCUUAUGGUGCAAAAACUGGAUUGAUGAGAUUAUGCAUGACUUCUAGAUUCUAUAGACAGGAUCAGAUAGACGUCUGCUGGAGAAGUUUUUAAUCUGGAUUUGAAGGAUGGACCCCUUGCUCCGGAGGUUAGGGUUGGAGCAAAGGCUGCAGUCGGAGCCUUUGGGUAAACCCUAAUCCUAAUCCUAAUCUGUGGGGAGAUCUGUUCUUCGGUGGUCCUACUGCUGCAACUUGAGAGGGGGAGAUUAUUCCCACUGAUUUCCAAAGUGAAUCUGCCUCCGUUGGUCUGAUGAUUUAUCCUGGAGCUGAUUUCUUCUCGGCGUGUUUGUCGUCGUACUGAAUUGGAUCUUUAUUUUGAGUCACGUCUGUUCGGUCCGUCCCUCAGAGCCAGGAUGGAAUAAAUCACCCUGCUUCUCCGAGACCACGCGUUCCAGGAGAAGCUUGAACUUCCCAUUAUUUCCAUUGUUCCGUGUGGAUCUGACCGGCUUCCUGCCGAUCCAGAGGGCAUCCUGUCUCUACAUCCAUUCCAGUGAUUUUUCAGCCAUUUUAAAGAGUUCUUCUUUCUAACUUUGAAUGAUGUGAUGAAGCCCAGAUGUUCAGAACCGACCCGGAAAAGACUGAAAUAUUUUCUAAUCUGGUGGAUAUGAACCAAUACAAAGAUUCCCAGUCAAUAUCCCAGUUUGGAUUAAUGUUGGAAAACUUUCCACAGGAGUCCUGUGUAAUCCCAGUUAAUCUGUGGUAGUGGGGUCUUUUUUCUUUGUUAUCUUAGUCGGCAGAAUCAGCUAGCUCAGCAGCUAAACUUAGCAUUCCCGGUGCAUCCAGGGAUCAAUUUCAGACGGAAUUCCUUAAUAUUCCUUCCAAUGAAAGUUUAAAGAUGGCGGCAGCAUCCUGGCUGAGCUGAGACUAGCCGUUAGCUCAUCAGUCCUGUUCAGGAAGCGUCUACAGGGAAAGAAAAAGAUUCACGCUAACGUUUAAGAAUCGGAUCGGACCGCUUCUGUCACUCAGCUCUCGUCCUGUCCGUCACCAGACAGGAAGUGGUCACUCUUCAGGUUCGUUUGUGCUGUUAGCUUUCUCCUUCCGUCGGUGCCAAAAGGACACGGUGAGCUUUUAUUCUGGAAGGAACCAAAUCUGUUUGAUGGUGGAGAUCUGGACGAAUGUCCCGCAUCAGGUGGAUGAGAGUCCUGCUGGUUCUGGGUCUGAUCCUUCAUGUGUCUGUGCUCCUCUACUGAAUGUAAGCAGCACCGAGAUGCUCGUUUUCUGUUAGUUUCUGUGAUGAAGUUCAUUAUACAGCAGAAAUCCUUCAUCUGGUGACUUCUUAUGGAAACGAGAUGAAAUGAAUUCAGUGUUAUAUAUGGUCACAAUUAAAAUCAGUAGAAGAAACGA